AUGAACCCCUGGAGAUCAUCCUUUCUGAGUGCUGAGCUGCUAUUCUUUGCAGCGACAGCCACAGGACUGCUCAUUAAGCCCCGAGAGGGAAGUGUCGCUGGAGGAACGUGGAUUACUAUUACCCUGGACGGCUCAGCAUCCCACCAGCUGGAAAGUGUCUCCUCAGCCAGUGCAUCCCAGUUGGAGGUGUCCCUGGUGCACCCAGGCCUGCCCAGGUUGCCAUGUGAUGUCUCUCCUCUGUAUUUUGACUUAGCCACUAUAAGAUGCAGAACAAGGCCUUCACCCCAGGAAGGUUUGUACUAUGUGGAGGUGAUCUUUAAAGGACACGUGAUUAACAACCUGACUAAGGUGGAGAGAGAAAACUCUACUUUCAAGUUCUCUGCUGCGCAGACACCUGUGGUUUACCAAAUUAGUCCUCCAUCUGGCAUCCCAGGAAAUUUAAUAGACAUUUAUGGGAAGACAAUUGCUGGAAGAUACGAGACCCUGGACUUCAAUGUGGAUUAUGUUGAUGGGCCAGCUAUCCUUAUGGCGGAAGGAGAUGGAUGGGCCAGUCUCUGCUCUUUUGCUGACAGGACAGCUGGAAGCAUCUACCCUAUUCAGGCAGAAGAUGGACUGGGGACCCUGCAGUGCCAGGUGGAAGGGAACCACAUAGGGUCCCACAAUGUCAGCUUCUCGGUGUUUAACAAAGGAAAGUCAGCAGUACACAAAAGUGCUUGGCUCAUCAGUGCCAAACAGGAGCUUUUCUUGUAUCAAACACAUCCAGAGAUAGUCUCUGUGUUCCCGACUGGUGGGAGUCUUGGGGGAGGCACUGACCUCACAGUCACGGGGGAUUUCUUUGAGGAGCCCGUACAGGUCGCUGCUGCAGGUGUCCCCUGUAAAGUCAAGUAUGUCUCUCCCCAACGAAUCAGAUGCACCACAGAGCCUGUCGGCAAGGGCAGGAGGCUCAGUGCCCCCCAGCCAGGAAACAGAGGGCUUCUAUUUGAAGUCUGGGAUGAUGCCUCUGAUCUGACAGAAACGGGUCCUGGAUAUAGAUGGCAGUUUGUACCUAAUGCCAGUUCCCCAGUAAGAUUUCUGUCCAGGACAAAGAAGUCCUUCAGCUCCAGGCUUCGUGGAUUUUUUGUGGCUCCUCAGACCAACAAUUACACCUUCUGGAUUCAGGCAGAUGGUCAGGCAACUCUCUACUUAAGUUUGUCUCAAGAUCCAGAACGUAAGGUGAGAGUAGCUUCUCUCCCUGCUGGCAAUUUGGAGUGGUCUGAAAACUGGGUGAAGAGCUGGAGUGAGCACUGGCAGCCAAAAUCCCAGAAAUUUGAACUAACUGCUGGUUCAAGGUACUACCUGGAAGCAGUGCAUCAUGGAAAGGCACCCAGCAAUGGGAUGAGAGUUGGAGUCCAGAUACAUAACACGUGGUUAAAUCCCCACGUGGUGAACAACUACUACAUUGAGAGACAUGAAAUUCGGGCUCACGCCUUGCAUCUUCCAGAGGUGCAGAUGCUGACUGUGUCUGGUACAGGGUGUUUCAGUAUCUCCUGGAGUAACACGCUGAGCAGGAUGAUCCCCACAAAUGCUACAGCACGCCAGGUGCAAACAGCAAUAGAAGAGCUUCUGUCAAUAGAAUGUGACACCGAGCCAACUUCUGCUAAAAUCCUUUUACAUGAUGGCUUUGAGAAAGAAGAUAUGAAAUACAUCAUUACCACAGGACACGUCGUCAGUAGAACGGAGCCUUUCUGUGGGAGAUUCAGUGUUCACAGACCAAGCCAGCUGGUGAAAACUUCCCCAUCAACUCUACCAAGAUAUGAUCUUACUGAAUACACGCAUGUAUGUUUCGCACAUAAAGGCCAUAUGAGCAAUAUCCUUCAUAUCUUGGUGUCUUAUACCAAUGUCUCUUUAUGUUCAGUGAAGAGGAACCUCAUCUGCCUAUGGGAUUUCAACAAAACUGACUCUAAAAGCUGGACAUUUACCUGCACUGACCUCUGGAAGGGGUGUGUGAAUCGCUCCAUGCUUCUCCAGGACCUCCCUGCCCAUUCCCCAGUGUUUGUGCAUCGGAUAGACUUGCUGCGCCCUGUGCUGCAAAAGGAAACCUCUGGGUCAUUUUACCUUGAUGAAGUCAUCAUCGCAGACAGAGCUGUGACUGUGUCACACAGAGGUGCUUUGCUUGGGGAGGGCUCUAAGGAGUAUGGCUACCUCUAUGUCUCCACGGAGGAUGUGAGAGUCAGCCUCACCAUUCAGAGACUGCAAAAGUCAUCCCCACCUAUUGGAGGGACCUUCAGCAUCCACUUGGCCAAUACGGUGGUAUCAGGUGUUUCAGUGCACAUCUCCUCCCACCAUCUCCGCAAGCUUUUGCAAGACAACACAGAUAACUCUACAGCCCCAUACUUCAACACUAGUGACUUCAUUGUGACUAAAGACUCAAACUCAUGCUAUGAAAGCAUCUGGACACUGACUUGGAAAACAAAAACUGGGGACUUGCCCAAUGUUAUCAAUGUCUCUGCUGAAAACCUCACUGGUCUGAAGCCAACAGUUUCUAGUCGUGUGGUUUAUGAUGGAGGCGUGUUUAUUGGGCCGAUAUUUGGGGACAUGCUUGCUACCUUCAACAACAAAACACAGGUGGUGGUGGUGGUGAAUGACAUCCUUGCAAACUGUUCCGGGUCGUGCUCUUUCCAGUUCAGCCAGGAAUUGACACCUGUAGUCAGUUAUGUGGAGUAUUCAUCAGAUGAUGGGUCCCAGGCCACAGUAGUUAUCAAGGGAUCAGGCUUCACUGAGGAGAAGCCAGCCCUGCAGGUAGAGGUGAACAACACGACCUGCUACGUCAUAACAUUGAAUCAAACUGAAGUGGUCUGUGAGAUGGAGAGGUUGCCAGUUGGAGUCUACCGGGUGACACUACUGGUGAGACCUUAUGGCUUCGCACUCAAUGGCAGCACAGGAGAAGGCAUCUUCCUAAGAGUUGAGCCAAAGCUGGUAGCUAUCGAACCUCCCACAGCUUCAGAGAUCGGAGGACUGAGAGUGGCUCUCAGGGGGACCAAUCUGGAAGGGGUAAACUUGGUGUUGUUUGGAUCUCAGCCCUGCCCAAUUUUGGAAGAUGACAGAAAUUCAACAAGAAUUGAAUGUAAACUUCCCCCUCGGGGGACAGAAGAUGCUGCUGUCCGUGUGACACUAAUUUCUGGGUAUCAGUCAACAACAGUAAACAACUUGUUCCAGUAUGAUCCUUCCUUAAACCCUGCUGUUGUAUCACUGAGCAGGAACAGAAGUGGAGUAGCAGGGGGUCAGGAGCUUCAGAUUGGAAUAUCCCAGUUUGCCAGCUACUGGGGGUCAGACAUCAAGGUCCAAAUUGGGGGCCUAUGGGCAGGGAUCCAGGCGCAGACGGACCGUGGUGUUAAUGUGACACUUCCAGCCUUGGCUGCGGGAUGGUACAACGUUUGCGUCACCAUCGGUGGCAUUCCAGUUGCUUCAAACAGGGUUGAGCCGUUAAUCCAGUACAUCUCGGAGAUCUUCAGCGUAGAGCCGUGUUGUGGCUCCUUUCUGGGUGGGACACUGCUCACAAUCUCUGGGGUGGGCUUUAGCCAAAAUCCUGCCCUGGUUUCUGUUUCAAUGAACAUGCAAACUUGUAUGGUUACUCACUCGACAGAAGAGACAGUUUGGUGCCUGACCCCGCCAGCUGCUAAUUUGUCUAAUAAAGAUUCACAAGAUGUCUCUGUCAGAGUAAAUGUAGUCAUCAGCAGCAGGUCACUUCAACAUUCUGUCUUUGCAAAAAAGACCACCAUCUUUAAUUACCAAAGAGCUUUGACUCCUCUGGUUACUGUUGUUGAAAUGGAAAUCACAGAUAGCAGCCUGCUCCUGAGCCUGCAGGGGAUAAAAAUCACUGGAUCCGUGGCUAAGCUUGGACAAAGUGAAUGUGAACUUGAAUGUCAACGUGGCAACAGGUCUGCAACGUUUUAUCAGUGCUCUUUUCCACUGAACAACCUGGAACCUGGGACUUUCCCCAUCCAGGUUAUCCAGAGACAGCUAGGAUAUGCUCGUGUGACAGCAAGGCUGCAGGCCCUUACAAUAACUCCACGGAUAACCUCCAUAUUUCCAUCACGAGGAUCAAUCUGUGGUGGGAUGUUACUCACUAUAUCUGGUAUUGCUUUAAAAUCCAGGAGGAAUUUGGUGCAGGUCAGCCUGGAGAGUAAUUAUUCCUGUGAGAUCCAGAACUCUGAUAAUGAUGCCAUUAGUUGCAUUGUCCUUCCAGGGGCCCAUCUUUUGCAUCAGCAGUGGUUGGCUGAGGCAUCUUGGGCUCUUAAUGUCACAGCGACUGUCAAUGGGAUCAACAGUGUCUGCCUUGGAGACUGUACGCUCCACCUUCAUGAGCAGUGGACCCCUCUCGUUGAUUUGGUCACCUGGGAGAUCAAUGGGACAUUCACCCAUGUGAUGAUCAAAGGACAGAGGUUGGCAUGGCCAAGUCAUAGCCCCAUGGUACACAUGGAUAACCAGACUGUCUGUAAGGUAACUUUCUGGAACAAGACCAGCAUCCAGUGUCAGACAGAGUGCAUUGCCCCAGGGGAGCACAACAUUUCCAUAUCCAACAGGAAAAGUGGGCGAGCUUGCUUCAGAGGGGUGUCCAGUGUUCUCACCGUCCUGCCCCAGGUGUAUCAGUUUUACCCACGGAACUUCAGUACCAAUGGUGGAGGCCUGCUCACCUUAGCAGGCUCGGCACUGCAAGGAAAGAGAAUGACUGCUGUUCUCAUUGAUCAACACCCUUGCCUCAUUCUCAAUGUCACCUGUGUAGCUAUCCAGUGCACGGUGCCUCCGGGUGAUGGGACUAGGGCUUUGAGCCUAAAAGUAGAUGGCGUCUCCUAUUAUCUUGGAAAUAUAAGUUAUAGUGAGGAGUUUACCCCAGCUUUCCUUUCGCUUGUUGCAACUGGUCUCCUUUUAACGAUGACAGUAUCACAGGUCGCAGAGUCGGACACCAUCUACGUAUUUGUUGGAGACUUUGUUUGUAGCGGUGUCACCAUCACUCGCUCUACUUUGCAGUGCUCAGCUCCUCAGCUCCCUGCUGGCGAGUACCGUGUGCUGGCCCUGGAUGUCCCCAGGGGCUGGGCUUCCUCCAACCUGACCUUCACCUCUCCACUGAUGGUGACAGCUGUGCAGAACAACUGGGGUGGCUUGAAUGGAGGAGCAGUUUACCUGCAUGGAACUGGGUUUUCCCCAGGGAAGACUUUGGUCACAGUCUGUGGAAUCAAUUGUGGACUGUUGGGCAACACAACGAUGACCGACCUGAGCUGCCUUGCUCCACGCUUAAACGCUUCUUUGUCCGUUCUCUGUGGCCUGACACCUUCUUCUGUUGACUGCCGAGAAGAGCGCGCCACCUUCAUUGCAUGUGAUAUCCAAGUCACGGUGGGUUCCCAUCACCAGACAGGAGCUGUGUCUUACCUGUAUGUCUGUGAGGACAGGCCACCUCAGUGGCACCGGAGGGACAUCAGCCCACCCCAGAGGCAUUUUGCUGGACUCUUUGCCAGCCCUAAAGUGGAAAGAGAUGAAGUUCUCAUCUAUAAUAGCUCCUGUAACAUUACCAUGGAAACUGAGGCAGAGAUGGAGUGUGAGGGAGCUAAUCAGCCAAUUACCGCCAAGAUUACUGAGAUAUGGAAAAACCGGGGCCAGAACACUCAGCUUGCCCUGCAGUUCUGUGGCCGGUGGGACGAGGAUUCCAACUGGCCUGCUGGCCACCAGCCGCGAGAUGGCGAUAACGUCACGAUAGAAAGCGGCCGGACCCUGCUGCUGGGGACCACCACCGCCACCCUCAACCUGCUGCAUCUCAAAGGUGGCAAACUCUUGUUCACUGGUCCAGGACCUGUAGAACUCCAUGCUCAUUACAUUCUGAUAUCUGAUGGAGGAGAGCUCCAGGUGGGAUCCCCUGAGGCCCCUUUCCGUCACAAAGCACACAUCUAUCUCUAUGGAAGCCUCCAUUCUCCGCCAUUAUUUCCAUACGGGGUCAAGUUCCUGGCAGUGAGGAAUGGGACCCUUUCCAUUCACGGCUGGAUGCCCAAAGUAUCUUUAACACGCUUGAAAUCAUCAGCUCACGUUAAUGACACACGAUUAGUGCUCCAGGAACCUGUUGAUUGGCAACCUGGUGACAAAAUCGUGGUGGGGCAGACAGGCCUUGGAGAUGCACAGCAGCAAGAAGAAAUGGCUAUUAUCGAGUCUGUGAACAACACGGAGCUGUACCUUAGAUCACCACUCAGGUACUCCCACAGUGUUGGAGAUGGAUGGGUGAACGGCCAAAGCCUGCCUUUGGGUGCGGUGGUGGCAGUGAUUAGCAGAAGGGUGGUUGUUCAAGGAAAUGUCACAACGGAGAGGAUGUCACACCUUCGACAGUGUGCAAAAGCAGCUGUUACAAGGGGUGGCUCCAGGUGUCUGUACAAGCGAAGCGAGAGGCAGCUGGGCUCUCGGGACCUGGGGGCCAUCGUGGUUGUGGAAGCCUUCCAGGGAGAGGCGAGUUGGCUCCGGGUGGAGGGGGUUGAAUUCCACCACAUGGGCCAAGCGUUUCGGCAGCCCGGCAGCGCCCUGACUGUUGCUGGCAAUGCACGGAUGGAAGACUCUUACAUCCGCGGCUGUUGUGUUAUGGACUCCUUUGGCCGAGGACUCCAUCUGACCGGGAUCUCAAACCUUAGUGUGGACAACAAUGUUUUCUAUAACAUUUCAGGCCAUGGGCUUCUGCUGGGCUUGGCCGCUGUUGAAAUGAAGAAGGGUAACACAGUGUGUGCUGCUGGGUACGGCUAUUUCUUUCAUCUCUCCCCUGAGGGACCAUCCAAAAUGCCUCUCCUGUCCUUCAGUGAGAACAUAGCUCAUUCCUGCACAAGGUAUGGGUUGCUGGUGUACCCAGAAUAUUUGCCCAAUAGCCCAAACAGACCUGUUCAGUUCAGCAACUUCACAGCUUGGAGCAGCCAAGGCGGAGCACAGAUUUUUAAAAGCAGCAACCUUGAACUCCAACAUUUCUGGAUUUAUGCUUGCAAAGACUUUGGCAUCGACAUCGUAGAAAGCCUGGGAAACACUUCUGUAGCUAAUAGUGUUUUAAUUGGACACAUCGGGCAAAAGGAUAGGACCUGUAUGUCAGCAGGACUGAAGUCUCCCCAAAGAUACCAGCUGUUCAUCUCCAACACAGCUUUCAGGAACUUUGAUGUGAACACUUGCACAGCGAUCAGGGCUUGUUCUGGCUGUUACCGAGGGCAAGGUGGGUUCACAGUGAGAGCUGAACGUUUGACCUUCAUCAACUCACCUUUCCAAGUGUCCUUCCCUUUUCCUCACUCUGCCAUCCUUGAGGAUCUCGACGGCUCUAUCACAGGGCAGAAAGGAAGCUGUCUCCUUCCUUCCACAGAUAUCCUUGUGGUAUCUUGUACAGCCAGCGCCAACUUCAGUCAAGCUUCUGGUGGCAGCGUUUGUGGCAGUGACCUUGUUUUCCACCGUAUGUCUCUUCAUUUAAAAGACGCUCCAGACAUUCCCUAUAAUUUAACUGUGACCGACAGUAGGAAUAAGACAACCACAGUCAAUUACGUCCCUGAUACUUUAUCAAACCUGUAUGGCUGGAUGGUUCUCCUUUUGGAUAAAGAGACUUAUGCAUUGACAUUUGACAACCCUUCGGUCAGCAAACAGCUCCAGUAUUCAGUGACAUUUAGCAACUUCACAACUGGGAAUUACUUGCUGGUGGAACACAAGGAUCUUCCUGCCCAUCCUGAGGUUGUGGUGUCCUGUGGGACACGGACUGGACAGCCACUCCAAUCGCUGCCUUCGUACGAACAUCAUAGGAGCUGUGACUGGUACCUUGACAGCAGACUGAGGAAGAUAACCUAUUUGGGCAAAAUUCCCCGUCACUGCAAAGCUGAUAAAAGACUGAGUUGCUCCUCCUUCACAUUCACUCAAGGAGCCUUGAACCAGAAGAAAGUUACCAGGAGUAUCGUCAAGAAGGCCUUUCCUUCUGAUGCAGUCUUGAAAUGGUCACGCCCAGAGACAUGGAAUGAUGUGGAAAAAGGCUGGGGUGGAUUCAACUGCAGCAUCCCAGGCCCUGGGGAAGAUGUCAUCAUCUUACCUAAUAGGACCAUCCUGGUGGAUAUGGCUCUUCCCCCUCUGAGAGGUCUCUACAUCCUGGGGACCCUUGAGUUCCCCAGCAACUCCAGCAAUGCCCUGAGUGCAGCCUGUAUUGUGGUGGUGGGGGGCAUGCUGAAAGUGGGUUCUUUCCAACAUCCCCUAGAAAGGGAUUUAAAGCUGCUGGUCCUUCUUCGGGCAUCUGAAGGGAUUUACUGUGAUCGUCUGGAGGAAAUAAAUGUCCACCCAGGGAGUAUUGGGGUUUAUGGACAAGUGCAUAUUUAUAGUGCUUAUCCUAAGACAUCUUGGACACAUCUGGGAACUAACGUUGAUCCUGGCAAUGAAAGGAUUUUUGUGAGGGACGAAGUAGAUUGGAAUCCUGAUGGAGAUAUUGUGAUCGGCUCUUCCUCCUAUGAGUCCCACCAAGCUGAAGUAGUUACACUGAAAGAAGUCAAUGGCCAUAGCGUAAGGAUUCAUGAGCGCCUUCUGCACAGGCAUAUUGGGCAUUUCCACGCCACAGAAGAUGGUGGACGCAUCCCCUUGGCUGCAGAGGUUGGACUCCUCACACGGAACAUACAGAUCAAGUCUGAUGUGACUUGUGCUGGGAGGAUGCUCGUGGGACGAUUUACAGACUCCAGUGGGACAGUGUUUGAAGGUGUCCUUCAACUCUUAAAUGUUGAGUUUUUGAACUUUGGACCUCCUCAGCUUUCUGCUCUUGAAUUCAGGAAUAUAUCCCAAGGGUCCUCGGUGGUGUCAUCCAGCAUUAACGGUAGCUGCGGAGCUGGCAUUAAAGCAGUCAUGAGCAACUGGGUCUUGUUGCAGGAUAACAUGGUGUUCAACACGGUUGGACCUGGCAUCGAUUUGGAAGGGCAAAACCAUUCUCUCGCCAGGAACCUUGUUAUUCUGAGCAGGCAGCCAGAAGACUUAUUAAACUGGGUUGCUGGCAUCAAGGUGAACCUUGCCAUUGGUGUCUCCCUCUGUGGCAAUGCUGUGGCAGGAUCUGAGCGAAUUGGCUUUCAUAUCAGGGGCCAGGAGUGUUUGCUAGAUGGAGAGUACUGCAGCAAAAACAUCGCCCAUUCAAGUCUCCAUGGUAUUCAUCUGUACCAGGGAGAUGGAUUUCAGACCUGCACUAGGAUCACAGGUUUUCUGUCUUAUAAGAAUUAUGACUAUGGUGUCAUGUUCCACCUUGGAAGCAGCGUCAUCGUGGACAAUGUGGUGCUGGUGGACAACACUGUGGGUCUCAUGCCAGUAGUGCACUGUCUCUAUGCCAAGCAAUGCCACACAGGGAAAAGAUUCAUAGAACUCAGAAAUUCCGUCAUUGUCGCAACGAGCUCAACUUUUGACUGCAUCAGAGACAGGAUCAAACCUCACUCAGCUGAUCUAACAGCCAAGGAUCGACCACCACGUUACCCUCUAGGAGGCCGUGUUGGGAUUUUAUGGCCUACCUUUACCACUGUUGCCAGCCAAAGGCCACAUGACCCAUGGCACAAAAGUGAGCAUUGUCCAAAAGUCUUAGGACUCAUGAAGUUGAAAGAAGUCACCUUUACUGGUUUUACACAGAGCUGCUACAGUGAAGACAGGGAUGUCUGCAUCAUGUCAAAUGCUGACCAUUUAGACAUCAUGCCUCUUAUUACAGCGGAGACAUCAAGGAUGUUACAUGUCAAUGAGAAGGACAAGUUUUACUUUCAUCCAGCAAGUGUACAGAACUCUGAAGACACCAUGUUCCCUGAGAAGAGAUGCAAAGGCUCCAGGAAGGCCCUUUUCAAGGAUUUGGAUGGAGGUGUCCUGAACCUAGAACCGCCUGUUUCUGUUUUCCCAAAGCCAGAAUUUGAAUGGACGCAGUUCUACUUGCAAGCUGGAAUUUACAGAGAUGACAGCAAGUGCAUCUUCCAGCCUGGGGUACAAGGCUACUUCUGCAAGAAAUCAGAUCACGCGCUUGUCAUCCUAGAAAACUUGGACCCCAGUAUGACCAACCAGAGACUGUUUCCAGUGGUAGCAAUGACUGGCAGCUUUAUGGAUACCUUCAGUGAUGCGACUUCACAUACUUUAUGUUAUCCUGCAGAGGAUUGUUCUACUUUCUUUUCUGUGUUGCCAUCCAGCAAACUCACUACGGUUUGCUUCCCAGACCUAGCUCCUCUGACAUUCAGACUCUACCUCCUCAGUGGCCAAAAUGCAACCAGACUGCCUCUAGCUAUAUUCUACAAUGAACCACUCAGCCUUCGUGUUUUCAUUCAAGGGAAAUAUGUCUCUCCAACCACAUCUUCUUUUUCUCUGAAUGAAGGGGCCGGAGCCAAUUACUUUAGCUUUGAAGAAAAUCUUCUCUAUGUUCUCCUCCAUGAAAAGGAACCUGUAGAAAUAGUUGCUGGUGUUUCCCUUCUUGUGGCUUUCGCUAUAACUGAGGCUGUUGGGGAAGAGGGUGAAGCAAGUAUAAUACAUCGAUUAGCUGAUUUCUUGAAGGUUGGUCAUGACCAAGUCAGAGUAGUCCAUCAUGUGCUGGGUGGUGAAAGCAUGUUGAAGUUAAUCUCGUCCAAUGCUGGUAAAAGGAAAUACCACUGCCCUAACAUGGCAUUUUGCACAGCCCUUCAUAGUGGAUAUGGCUCACAGAAAGUGAGGAGAGGACCAGUGAGCACCCGAGCUCUGCAGCCAUCUGAUGCAGCUGGUCCAUCAAGAGUGCUCAUUAUUGAACUUGGUGAUCCACCAGGCCAUCCAAGAAACGAGCUGGCAAGUGACAACUUAAAGAGUUUGGCCAGAACCAUUAUCAACACUCAUCAGACUGGAGACCUCCAGAGAGGCCUUGGCUUGCCAGUUGACACCUUAAUGGUGACUCAGUCUGCCUUACUGUUCCCAGCAGAAGCUAACAGCAGCAGACAACAUCCAGGAACAGGCUUGUAUGUGAGACCUUAUAACAUCUCUGUUCAGGUGCAGCCUUCAAAUGGAGAAACUGAGAAACAGCUUCCUGUACAGCCAAAAAUCAUUUUUCUGGACAGGAAGGGUCAAAGAGUUGACAAACUGGGGCUUCCCUCAGAACCCUGGGUUGUAUCGGCUCACCUCAAGGGCUCCUCUGAGGCUGUGCUAAAAGGGCUCACCCAAGUGCAGGUCAUAGAUGGAUGUGCGAGCUUUUCCAAUCUGGCUGUCUCCAGCUCGGGUACAAACUGGAAACUUGUGUUCACUGUCACAUCACCUCCAGGGGUUAAAUUUACUGUGAUGUCUCAGCCAUUCACCAUCUUCCCCGUCCCCAUGGGAGCAAAGGCCAGCAUGAUCCUUGUUGUCAUCCUGAGUUCAGCAGCAUCUGCAUUCAUCCUCACUCUUGCGUUCUGCUGGUUCAGGAAGAGCAAAAGCAACAAAACAAGGACUGAACGGGCUGAUCUACCACCGGCCAGUACCACCGGACCCCGUAAAGAAGCACAGCCUCAAGCGGUUCACAUCCAGCCUUGCUGCAAUCAAGGAGACAAUAAAAGUGGCGUGCCUGUAGCAGGAGGUAUGGAAGCAACUGGAGCAGUGGCACACGCUACAGGACAACUGGAGGAGCUGAAUCUGCAGCCCUGUGAAGCCGAGCCAACGAGAACGUCGAGCGCUGUCCGGUGUGAUCCAGGUAACAGAGACACCUUCUCUUCAGCUAGGAAGAGCGACAGUCACCAACAGCUACGUGGAGGAACAUCUCCUGGUGACCCUCUGGAACUUCAGCAGCCAACUGUCCUCCUGGGCUGCUCCGGCCAGGAGGAUGCCCCCCAGCUUUCAGCUGGUUACAACGAGGAAAGAGAGAAGUCCAAAAGGAUUUCCAAACCUCAGAAUGAUGUCAGAGAGCGUGUUGCUGUGGUAGCAGCAGAGGUGUAAGAGGCGUGAUGUGAGGUGGUGGGUCACUGACAAAGAAAGCUUGGCCUGGCUUACAGUCAAUGUAAAGCUGAAUCUUUUGUCUCUGUGGUCAGACAAAGCCGUACACAUAUUAGCAUGAGGAACCGGACUGCCACACUGCCCAGGUACAAAGGAACCUGUCACCUGGGUCUGCAGCCGGCUGGGAGACUCUGGCCGUGUCUGUGUUGUUAAACUUUCUUAGCUUCCAAAACAGGGUGGGUGUAUCCAAACUGCCUGCUGAGAAUAGUCCUUCUGACACCUCUAAAACUCAGUUUAAGAGCUGUUUGGAAGCAUGUUAGCUGGCUAGCUAGGUCAGCCUUCAGAUUACUUUCAAAAGCAUUCAGGGAUAAGCCUGACAAUUCAGAAGUACCAGAUUAUUUGAGUUCUGACAUUUUAAUAUACUAGCACUGAUGUAGUCUUAGUGUCUAGAGCAAUGCUGUUUGGUAUGUAUUCAUAUAUAGAAUUAUAUAGGAAUUUUCCCAUUCCUU